UAUAAAAAUUUAAAAGGAUUCCGAAAAUGGAGAAAAGAAAAAAAGAAAAAACGGUUGGAAAAAAAGGCGCCAAAGGGAGGCAAAGUUUGUUAAUAAGAAGAGAAAGAAAAGGCUGAAACAAUGCGACGCCUCAUAAAUUCCUUCACCAUUCUCCAUUUUUCCAUUUUCCAAAUUUCAGCUUCCACUCUCCCUCUCCUAAAUUCUCUCUCUUCCUCCAUUCUUUCUCUGGUUCAAUCCUUUGUUUCUCCACCCCAAUUUGAUUCUAUCAGAUUCUUUACUUUUCUUUUCUUUUGAUCCCCCAAUUAUCAUUAAUCCCUCUCCGCCAUUCCCAAUUAGGGACUGUUGUUUUUCUGGCCGUCGGAGGCCUUUUCUUUUCAUCUCUCCGGCCGCCAGUCUCUAUGAACUUUUCAUCUUCCACUACUUGGGAUUCCGAUAUCUUCGACGCGGUAAUCUUCAGGCCACAUCUGACUUGAAAACUGAAGAGUGGUGCCUGAAGAAGUAAUUCGGAUAUCUUAUCUAUGGAAUCUGGGCAAAAGAUCGAGGCUGGUGGAUCAAAAACACAUUCUAUCAGCAGUACGGGCGAAGUUGGUCUUUCUAUUCCAAGCAAAAAAUUAGUAUCUUCCUUAUCCUCGGCAUCUGAUUCCUCCUCUGACAGCUCCUUUGAAUUGAUCGUAACUGGGUCCAGCGGCUUCAUUGACGGUACAAGUGACUCUCUGAAAAAGGAUGAGUGCCAUGUUGCAGGACACACGGACUCUGAAUUUGAGUUUAUUAGUAGUGAUGAUAUUGAGACUCAUCCUCCAAGGGCUGAUCUUCCCCGUGCUGCCAAGAGAUCAAGCCGCUCAUUAUCACGGUCGUCAUCAUCCGCAUCUGAAUCUUCCCUGCAUGAUCAUGUGAUUGAACUCCCAAAGCCUGGAAAGUACAAAGAUACCAACGCUAUGGAGCCACAUUCGAAUAAAACACUACGAGGUCCCGAACCUGGUGAAACCAGUCAUGUUGAAAGUAGAAAAAAUCUACAAACUUGUUCUUCCACCUCAUCUUCCUCAUCGUCCGAAUCUGAAUCUGAACGUAAAAUUAAACUUCAAAAGGGUGGAGAUACUGCUGGUAAUCUAUUGGUGAAAAAUUCCAGCUCUCCAAGCAAGGAAAAGGACAACAGGUUGGUUGCAGAUCUCAGUGAUGACGAUAUUCCCAUCAGCUCUAUGACUUGCAAUGGGCAAUCAGCAGUAACUCCAACGCAUAGGAUAGACUCGAGCUCAGGCAGUGAGACACCUACUCAAUAUCCUCCAACUCAAGUGAUGGAGAGAGCUGAUGAUCCUACUUCCCCUGCAUAUAGAAUUCCAUCUCGUGUCUUUUCUAGAACUAAAUCUACAGCGCCUAUGGAAUGGAGUGUUGCUUCAAAUGAAUCAUUGUUUAGCAUUCAGAUGGGGAACAUGAGUUUUACCAGAGAACAGUUGUGUUGGCUAGGAAAAUCAGGUGAGCUAUGUAGACCUGGUGAAUCGGCCCUUGACGUAUCCCAGCAUUUGGCUAUGAAACCUUCUGAUUGCGGAUUGAAAAACUCCCGUCCAGAUGGUGAUAUAGCGGCAACUGAAGCACGAGCUGCAGAAACAAUGAGGGAGGUUAUAAGAGAAAACUGCGAGAACCAACGCAAGGAGAGUUCGACUCUAACCGAGUCAUCGUCUCAGUCAGCCAGCAUUUCCCAUCAGUCAGAUGGCAGCACAAAAUCUUUCCAAUUUCCAAUAUUGACAGGAGAAGGAGGAAAAAGCAUUUCAUUUAAGGGAGCCGAUCCAGAGAAGGGGAAACCACAAUCACCACACCCAUCUUCAAAUCCUCAGACCCCAAAAGAAUCAAGUUCAGACGGAUCUCCGAAAGCAGCUACAAACGUGGGGCCAAAGAGGUGGUUUUCUUGCUUUUCUUGCUGCCCAUUCUGUAGUUAAGAAGUGUACAGGUUCAUCAAAGAUGACACUGCCCCCCUUUUCUUAUGUUAACUAGGAUAAUGUCAACAGGAUAGUUUGCACAGUUUAAUUAGUUCUCUU